AUGUCUACUCGUCUCCAAGGAAAGGUCGCCAUCGUUACCGGAGGUGCAUCAGGCUUCGGCAAAGGUAUCGCAGCCAAAUUUGUCUCCGAGGGCGCCAACGUCAUCAUCACCGACCUGUCCAAAGACGCAGGUGAAGCUGUCGCGUCAGAGCUCGAUUGUUUCUUCUUUCAAGCCGACGUUACCAAACCUGAUGACUGGCGCGCAGUCUUAUCUCUUGCGCUCGAAAAGUUCAAUCAGCUCGAUAUUGUCGUUAACAACGCCGGCGCAACUUAUGCGAAUAAGCCGACUCAGGAUGCCACCGAGGCAGACUUUGACCUGGUGAUGAAUGUGAACGUUAAAAGUGUGUUUCACUCUACGAAUAUUCUUGUACCAUAUUUCAUGAAGGAGAAGAGGCCUGGAUGUUUCAUUCAGGUUGCUUCGACAGCGGGAACGCGACCCAGACCCAACUUGACGUGGUACAAUGCUUCCAAGGCCGCUGUUAUCAACGCGACAAAGACGAUGGCCGUUGAGUAUGGACCUCACCAGAUUCGCUUCAACUCGGUUUCGCCGGUAGUAGGAAGCACCGGAAUGACACAUCUAUUCAUCGGCAAACCUGAUACAGAGGAGAAUCGAAAGGGCUUCGUGUCUACCAUUCCUUUGGGACGGCCGUCAACACCCAGCGACAUCGCCAACGCUUGCUGUUAUUUGGCCAGCGACGAGGCAAACUUCAUUACUGGAGUCAAUCUAGAGGUUGAUGGAGGUCGUUGUGUGUGA